UCUAUCCCCGCUUUCAAUUUCUUGCCGUGCGCACACAUGAACAAUUGUUGGCGAGAUGCUGACUUGAAGAGCCGGCCUUUAGCGACACAAAAUUAUUAUUUAAAAACAUUGUCGUGGUGACGCAAAGGUUUCAAAUUAACAGUGAACCGGUAGGCUAUAGAGAGAUGCAUGGGUAGUGCGUGUGUGCCUGGUGGUUAUGCUACUAAUGACAGCGGGAUUCAUUUAUGCGAGCUUGCACUCGCCGCACCCGGACAGAGCCGCUGUAGAAGAAGAUGCUGAAUCGGCUGGGCGCUCGUGAGAUAGGCUACCCCGGGUAGGCUAUGUCUCCUUUUCAAAUUUCACAAAUGACUCCCUUGCUUCCGACAAUAGAAGACGAAACAUUGGCACAGCGUUGGGAAUCGUUUAUAAUUACAUUUUGCUGCUGGAAAUAAAUAGGCUGCCUGUCUAGAGAGCUGUGCAUUGCUCCAACGGAGACAUCAAGUUUGACAACUGUACCAUCCAGACUACGAUGAAGCAGGGUGCACGAGGCGUUAGAGCAUUUGGUGUGGCUGGAGACAUUAUGUUACCGCAUUUAUCAAUGGCAUGACAAUUUCACCACCCACAAUGGAGGAUAAAUCCAACAAACUCAUUUUGAUUCCGAUACUGGCCGUGGUCUUCUUGAUGAUAGGCUAUCAGUACAUUUGUCCAACCGGCAGUAACUCUUGUCGCUUCCUAACUGGGGAAAAGUUGAGUGGAAUAUUCCGCCAAUAUCACUCGGGGGACGACAUUUACGCAUACCAAGAAGGGCUGGACGAGGAGGGUGCCUCAAAAAUUCUGUCCAAAUUAAAUUUGACUGACGGAGACCUUGAGCGACACGUGGACUUCAACAUCAAAGGAGAUGACGUUAUAGUGUUCCUCCACAUCCAGAAGACCGGUGGGACUACUUUCGGACGGCACCUUGUCAGAAACAUUCACCUCGAGCAGCCCUGUGAUUGUAUGCCCGGACAGAAGAAAUGUACCUGUCACCGCCCGGGCAAAGCGGAGUCCUGGCUUUUCUCCAGGUUUACUACUGGCUGGAGUUGUGGUCUGCAUGCGGACUGGACCGAGCUCACUAACUGCGUGCCUGCAGUGAUGAACAAGAAAGACAAGAAGGAUGCUCAGAGGAACCGACGGAACUUCUACUACAUCACCAUGCUGAGGGACCCUGUCUCCCGCUACCUGAGCGAGUGGAAGCACGUGCAACGCGGCGCCACCUGGAAGACAGCCCUGCACAUGUGUGACGGCCGCUCUCCCACCCAGGACGAACUGCCCGCCUGCUACAGUGGCGACGACUGGACCGGGGUCACCCUGACCAACUUCAUGGACUGCCCGUCCAACCUGGCCAACAACCGGCAGGUCCGCAUGCUGGCCGACCUCAGCCUGGUGGGCUGCUACAACGUCUCCUCCUUUACCGCCGGCGCCGAACGGGAGCGCGGCCGCGUCCUACUAGCCAGCGCCAAGAACAACCUCCGCAACAUGGCCUUCUACGGCCUGACCGAGUUCCAGCGCAAGACGCAGUACCUGUUUGAGCGGACGUUCGGCCUGCGCUUCAUCCAGGCUUUCACGCAGAUCAACAGCACGCGGGCAGCCAGCGUGGGGGUGGGGGAGGGGGCUCUGCGGCGGCGCAUCGAGGGGCUCAACGCCCUGGACAUGGAGCUGUACGAGUACGCCAAGGAGCUGUUCCUCCGGAGGUACCAGUACAGCCGCCAGACACAGCACCGGGAGCAGAGGCUGAGGAGGAGGCAGGAGAGGCAGGAGGAGAGGGAGCGGCUACAUCAGCACAGAGCCCCCAUCUCCAAAUCCAGGAGGGAGGAGGAGGAGAGGGAGAUAGAGGGGGAGGAGGUGGGAGGUGUGGCCACCACAGAGGACUACAGCAGCCAGGUGGUGAGAUGGUGAGGCGUAACACCCAUGCUAGGACUAGUACUUCCUGUCAGUUUCGCUCUCUCUCUCUCUCUCUCUCUCUCUCUCGCUCCCUCUCUCUCUCUCUCUGCCUUGGGCUGCCCAAUGGUGUCUUAAUCUUUCAGAUGGGUGUAUUUAUUAUUACUAUGUAUUAUGAUGUGGUCAACUUUUGUUUCUUCUCAUGCAGAGUUUAUUGUGUCUGUCCUUCAAAGUAAGUGAACAACUCUAGGGUGUCAAAUGGACAUUCAACAAGAUUUUAUCAGAAUCUCCAUGGGACUGUACAUAAUCAAAAUGAGCGCCUCAGGAUUCUUUAAAAGUAAUGUGGUUCGCUUAGGGUUGCAAAGGGAGGGUAUAUUAACAGAAACUUUCGAAGUGUACCAGUAAACUACCAGAAUUUUGAUAGCUUUCUUUUUGUAUUUUACCAGAUGACAUCUACUGGCCAUUUUGGGUACUUCAUAUUAUCACAGGUGUCUGUAAUAAUCUAUGGCCCUCUAUUUGGCCUUAUCACAUGUAAAAUGUAUAAAAUGAAAUAAGAUGAUUCUAAAAUAAGAAAUUGAAUGGAAAACCUGUAAAAUAUUAUCCUGAUAUAAACCAUCAACUUGAAUACCAUUGGUGUUUAAUAUGAGGGUUUCAGCAUUAAACACCUUUAUAUAUUUUUACACACUUUUAUUUAUUUUACUAUCUCUUUGUUGUAAAUGUUUUGGCGCCAAACUGGUGACAGUUGUGAAAAAAAGUCAAUAGUUGGAAGAGUUGUAGUGUUAAAUGAAAAAUAAUGCCAUUCUUGAUUAGAUGCUUUUUUUUCUCAUUAAUUAGGCUAUUUUCUCUUGAACCAGUCACAGAUAUAAAAAAUGUAUACAUAUAUGAAUAUCUAGCUUUUUAAGUUAUUCGAGUAAAUGACCAAAGUUACCAUAGAUGACAUGUUAAUUACUGAAAACUCCGGUAACUUUGGUGAAUUACCGGUAGCUUUGCAACCUAGGUUCUCUCUCUGGACUUGCUCAUGAUAUCUACAGUAAGAUAUGAUAGUAAUAACACAAUAAAUGAUUCAUUAACCACCCUCCCAUACUUUGGUUAUUUAGGACAGGACUUGUAUUAGUUUACCUUGUAAGUUUGCUUUCCAACUAUGAGUUAAUAUGUACAGUAUGAUGGUAUUCAACACAUUCACCUGUAGGAAAGCUGUUCAAUAAAUGUACGCAGCAUACCACUGA